UGGCUGGGACCCUUAAAAAUUUAACACGUUCAAUGCCGCACUGAAGCCGUCCCCUACAUGUAUUGAUUUUAUUUACCAUCAACGUGAACUUCGUGCUUUUGCACCUAAUCCCCUUCUGUCAAAUUUAAUAUAGGCUAUUUUAUAGAUGAACAAAUGUAUUUAACCUAACUUCAAUCUAACCUUAAAACUUAUGUUUACCGCAGACAACGCAAUCUAUGCACAGAAAGAGAAAAACUCGAUAGGCCUAUUCUUAAGAAAAAUGCAUAUUUUCCCUGGAAAACGUACGCUAUAUGUGUAAAAAUUUGUCCAAACUAUAGUGAAAGAUUAUGAAAGUGCUCAGUGUGUGAGUGUGUUUUAAGUGAUAUCAGUGAAAAUGCCUAAAAGGAUCCCUUUUCACGUAGUGUAUGCGACUAGCGAAGACGUGAGCUACCCGGCGUGCGAGCUGAACAGCCAGGGCCCGGCGGCGCGCGGCUGGCGCAGCUCCGGGGCGCCCCCUCACGAGCUCCUGUUGCGCCUGGACAGUGUCACCAGCGUCCACAAGCUACAGUUGCUGGCGCAUCAUCAGCUCAUACCGGCAUGGGUGGAGGUGCUGGUGUCUGGGGGGCUGAUGUCCGAGGGGGCGGCGACCCCGUGUGGCGCCACGUACACUCCUGUAGGCUCCGUCGCCCUGGCCAAGCCUGACCCUCAAGCCAGAACCCGAGAACUAAGGUCAGCUAACCUGCCCGAGCCGACAGUGGCGAGAUUCGUCAAACUCCGCAUUUCAGGUCCGCAUCCACCAGCGGGCAACAAUGACCAAGUAGCGCUAAUGGCCGUAAACGUACUGGGCGAAGAAGUGGAAGAGCCGAGUGAUAAGCAAUCACCAACUGGCACCACAGCUGAACAAACCUACUCGCCGUAUGACGACCUGGCGUUUGUCAUGUACGUGGACAACGACAUCGCAGAUCUGGUCAGGAGUUUUGACGAGAAGAAAAAGCUCGCUGUGGCUGAGGAGCGGUUCGAAUACGCUCGACGCCUCAAGUCAGCCGGGGCCGCACUCACAUCAGCUGGCGUGAGGAUCGGGCGCUGGAGGCUGCGGAAGAGAACAGCAGCCGCAAGAGACGACUUCGAGCUGGCCAGACAAAUGAGGGACAGGAUCUCUGAUGCGCUGAUGGGCAUUAAGGAAGACCCAGAGAUCUGCAGGCUUUUGGAGGAAGACGGCCCAAAUUCACGCAACGAUUCGUCCAUGCCGCAAGACUACGAUUUCUCCCACCACCUCUCGCCGUCAGUGAUAGCCGGAGCUCUGAGCCUAGAUAUUCCAUCGCCGGUCCCUCCAAUAGACCCUGGCCCUGGAGAAGACGAAGCCGACGAACCCAUACAGCAAGUAGAGGAGGAGUAUGUUGAGGUUAUAACAGCUGAAGAAGAAACACCCCAACAGGUGUCUAGGGAAAAGUCACCCGUCCAAGAAAUCAUCCAAGCUCAAAUCGUCCAUAUGCACAUUCAAGAACAGAAAAUAGAAAGAGAGCCACAGAAGAGGGUAGAAAAAGAAGAGUGCAAGAAAGAGCGUGAAACUGACAGCCCUAGGCGGAGUAUCACUCCUAACGCCGCUAAUGGUGGCGUUCUAGUCCGAAGGAGAAAUAAGAGUGCUGGUCCAAGAUCUACUUUCGAAGCCUAUGAAGAACGCCUGCUCCCAGCAUUAAGGCACUCCCACACCAACGAGUACCUCCGCGAGGCUCGAGAGGAGGAAGGCAGCGGCGCCGGCAGCGCCUCCUCGCACGCGCGACCACCGCACAAGCUGAACGAACGAGAGAGGAAACAGGCUCAGCUACCGAUCAUCAUAUUUGGAUACCCUCUGGUGGAAAAGUUCUACUCCAAAACGUUCCUGGAUAAAGAAGAGGGGCUGACUCGCCUUCGCUCCGAGCUAACGACUCCGUCCAAUGGCAGUGGGAAGACCUCGCCCAACAAGACCGCCCGAGCCGCCGCCACGCUACUGCAGCGGACCUUGAGAGACAAAGUCUUCUCCGUCUACUGCCAGGCCAAUGAGCUCGUCAAAGUACUCUUCUUGGAGUUUAUGCCUGAAAGGGUUUGCGCAGCAGAAGUAGGCAGAUGCUUAGAGAAGAUCCUGCCAGAACUGCUGCGAGCCUGCGGUGAUCCGGCUCCAAGAGUCCACUCCACCGCGCAACACACCGUCCUGACAGUCGCUGACUGCCCACACGUCCGAGCCAUUCACAUAAUACCUCAGCAACUGGUGAGACCAGUGGCGGCCUCCAUGCACCCGCGACUAGCUCUGUCAAGACUUCAAAUGCUGGAACAGCUUAUACUAAGCCAUGGAAUCUCUACCGAUAAGAACAGCGGUCUAACAGUGCGCCGUCUAGCCGAGUGCGGCGCGGCAGGCGCGCAACACGCGUCCGGCGCGGUCAGGGCGGCCGCAGAACGCAUACUGCUGGCUGCAUACGCCAGGUCACCACGCGUGGUGCGAGCCCAGCUGCCGCCAGACGACGCCGUGACGCGCAGGAACCUCAUCUACCGGCAUCUGUUCCAGCAGUUUGACAGGAUUGACAUGCAGAAACUGCUAAACCAAGCGCCAACAGAAGACCAACUGAACGCAGGUGACCAGUCCGCCACUGAUCCUCUAGAAACUGCCAGUGUCUCUCAGUCGACCAGGAGUGGUGCGACCACUGUCAGUGGCAUGACGUCAUCAUUCAUGACCUCUUCACUUGGAGCCACUUCUUCUUACAGCCUCAAAUCAAUGGCAUCAAACACCAGCGCCUCUACACUCGCACCAAGCUUAAGCGGUAGUUUCACAUCAGCAAAAACGAAAAGCAGCUUGAAAAAGACUCCGACAAAAAGAUACACACCAACUAAGAACAAAGAUUUCACAAUAGGGUACAACAAACUCAGGCUCGACAGCGCUACCAGCCCAAAACAUUCCCCGAAAACACCGAGUUCUGGAGAAAAGGUCCACUUCCAAGAUAAUCGCCCCGAAGAAGUCGUACUAAGACGUGCCAACCGCAACACCGAAAACCGUCACUCCAUGAUACACUACGACCAUGAUAACUCAAAGCCUCAACUGAAAGAACGACCCAUCACCGUGUACGAACCAUUACAUCUGGACUUCUCCCGCGAUUCCCCCUCUUUGGGAUCACCCAAGAUUUCCAAACACGACCUUCGCUCCUUAGACUCCCUGCCCAUGGACUCUCCACAGCAGUCCAGAAACGAUUUGCGGUCUCUAGACUCUGAUUUCCGCGGAUUGGACUCCCCUAAAACAAAGUCGGAGUAUUUCCGCGAUGGAGGUUUGGACUCGCCGCGAAUGGUUCCUGGCAGGAACUUGCACCUGGAUGAGAACAGCCAGAUGGAUGAGAGCGGCUACUAUAGUCCAGGGGAUACGGGACGCAAGCAACAAGUCGUCAGGAGCAAGAGUGGGGUGAAUGUCGCAGAGUUCUGUGACCAACACUUCGACAGCUUCGAGGGAGUCGGGGCCGACGUCAGCAGUGGAGGAACCACUCCGGAACCGGUUUGCAACACCAACUGUUCGUGGUGCGGGCGGCGCGUGCGCGCGGGCGGGCUGGAGGCGCACUACUGGCGGCGCUGCGUGCUGCUGGCCCGCUGCCCGAGCUGCCACACCGCGCUGGAGGCCAGGACUCUGCAUGCGCACUUACUGGAAGAGUGUUCGAUGAGCGCGGGCGCGUGGAAGCAGUGCCAGAAGUGCGGCGCCGCGCUGCGGGUGGCCGACAGCGAGUACCACGUUAACUGCAUCCCGAUUGGUCUAGACGAAUGGAAGUGCCCCUACUGCCUCCACAACGUGCUGGCGCGUGACCUGCCCUGGCAGCGCCACCUCAUGCAGUGCUCCAGAAACCCCAGGAUCGCCCCCCAGUCCUAGCCACUAUAGGUACCAGGGCACCAGCAGUCGUGCAGAGGUAACAGGUUAGAGUAACAAUGUAUGUACGCGAAAUCUGAUAAGACAGGAUAAUAGAAUGUAAUAGUUACCGAUUGCACCCUAAGCUAGUAUGCCUACAGGGUACCGGAAGGUUAAUUGUAAUUUAAUUGGAGUUUUUUUGGUAAAUUAGGUACAUGAGAGUAAGUUUUUAGUUUUUAAAAUGAACUCAGUUUUGUUAUGCUACGACGUGUCGUAGCCCUCAGUGCUACGCUGCUACGAGUGUGCUACGAACGUGCUACGAUCUAGCUACGACCGUACUACGCCCGCAGCGUAGCACUUUGGCUGCAAAUUUGACUUCUGUUUAGAAAUUUGUUUUCGUUUGUUUUUUAUAAAAAAUCAUCAUUAAUUAUAAUUAUUAUGCUAAACUGCAAUUUAACCUUACAGGGUAGACGUAAUAAAACCGUGUUGGAUAAAAAAGAACCUAAACGAAGGUUGAUUUUUGUAACAUUCAUUGUUCAGUGUUAUGUUUUAUUACUUAUGUUAUUAUGUGGUGACAUAAAGUAGGUUAAUUGCUUUAAAAGUAAUCAUAACUGGAUCAUCAUGUUUAAUAGUAAAAAUAUAUACUAAUUCAUUAGCUCAUAACUUGUUGUCUGACUGAAAAGUCUAGUCAAUUAAUAUUUCAUCACGAUUUUUCAUAAAAUGACUACUUAAUUAAUUUUAAGAAAAUCUAGCGGACACUGAAUUGAUAAUAAAUAAUUUAAUUUAUCCUUUAUUGAAGAUACGCACAAGCAAGCAUGAUAUUUAAUUAUUAGGAUAAAUUGAAUAACUGUCUUUGAUUUUCAUACAAAAGUGUGUAUUGUCAAUUAUAACGAAGCUCCACAACGGAAAAAAAUACUUUUACUCACACAAUCUCAUAUACAGAGUGAUGCCAAAAUGGUAAUCUAAUAAUCCAAAAAGUGGUGAGGUGAAAGAACACAAAUUCACCAAGAAUGUAUCAAGGUUUAGCCCAGUAGCCCACUCUCUUUCGGCUUAUGAGAUUUACCCUGUACAAACAUACAUAUUUAUUUAGGUAAAUUAUUUAGAUUAUUUUCAAAUAGUUUCAUCAUCUAAGGUGUAUUAUGAUAUCACCAUUCGUUUUGGUAGUGCAAUUAGUAAAAUAUUCAGAAUUUUAAUAAAAUUUUGUUUUCGAAUGGAUUAGAGUUAAAAAACAUUUUCUAAAUGCAAGGCAGCUUAGAUUUUUUUUCUGUAUUUCAUCUUUUUUAUAAUUUAUUUGACAUGAAUUAGGGAAUAUUUUUUAUAACGAUUGGUAAAUGCAAUUAGUUUUGGAUUGUUAUCAUAAGAGAUUAAUAUACUAUUGCAGGGUCGAGCAUGAUAGCAAAACAUAACCGAAUUGCAUUUGCCAUAGUAUUUUGACAUUACUUAUUUGUAGUGUUUUGUCAGUAAGUUACAUUUUAAACCCGAAUUACAGCCUUGCAUCUAAAUUACUAGUCAGUUUUUUUUUUAUAUUACAGAAAUCAUUAUCUACAGUGGACUAUUUACUAUUUUCUCUAGAAUAACUUGUUUUGAAAAUAUUAUUUUAUACUAUAUAUGUUCAUGAAUCCAAGAAACAUAAGGAGUAGCUAGGUACUUGAUACAAUUAAAUAUUCUAAUUAAGAACGUGGAAAAUCUGAUUCUGUCCAGCUCAGUCCGAACUGCAAUACCGUCUCUCCAUCUACAGAUAGUACAAAUUAUUACUAACGUUUAAAUAUAUAUUUAAACAUUUUUGUUAUGGAAAUCUUUUUUGGAUAAACAUAUUUGGUUCAAUACAUAUUUGAAUUAUUACGAUACUCAUAAAUCAUUUUGUGUCAUGGCAUCAGCGUAACACACUAAGUGUCUUUUUCACAAUGUGGAGAUAAAAGUUAUCUGAUAAAAGUGAUGCUGACGUGAAACUGUAUAAACAUGAUUUCUGUCAUUGUGAACCAAGCACUAAGUAGUUGCGCUGACGCUUAGCUUUGGGUCCAAACAACUUCAUAAUUCCAGAAUUUGGCUGCGAUUACACUUUGGUUCUUUGUCAAACUAACCAUAUGUCAAAUUUUGAAAAAAUGAAUAGGCGGUUUGUUAGUUUGACAAGGUACCUACAAAGUGCCUGCCAACUACAGAAGUAUGAAGUUGUUCGAUUCGAACUGUAACUAGCUUUAUUUAACACAUAUAUGUAAUUUCGUUUGUAAAGUUUUUUAUUAUGAAAGACCAGUCAAAUGGAAAAAAAUAUCAAUUUAUAUAAUUAUUAUUCGCAAAAACCGAUGCCAAUUGUGAAAUCAAAUCUAGAGAACUAGCUAUAGGUAAUAAUUGAUUAAAGGGAAGUCGAGAUUAAGGUUUGUCAAUUUGUACAUAAUAUAGCAUAAAUUAUGGAAGGAUCAUUGGAUUCUCUACAUAGAUAUUAAAAAAAACAGCUGUCAUGUACAUAUAAGGGGCAGCCACGCAAUAGUGCGUAUUAGUAUAAAGAAAACUAGGGCUGUGCUAAAGAGUCGUCAGAUUUUAUAUAGGUAAUAAUAUUAUGUACAAUACGGAAACUGUAAAUAAAUUACUACAUAAUAUAAAUAAUAAGUCAAAAAAAGCAAAAAAUGGUAUAAAAAAGAAAAAAAAAUUCAAAAAAAAAAUAAAAAAAUAAAAAAAGUUAAGCCUACAAUAAAUUCACAGAAAUCAAAUGAAAUUCACGUUACUGGAACAUUUGUGAUUUAAUCCCACACAUACCUAACAGAUUCAGAAAUUAAGAGCAAAUGUCAUGACAUUCCGAUCAUACUAAACCGACACGCCAACUCAUUCGCGGCGAGUUUUCCUAUUGGGAACCCAAAAUAUGAUUAUCUCGUCUAAAAAAAUGUGAAUGUGAUAUUGUCAUGUAAGUACUUAAUUUUACAUAAUGAUUCAUUUAAGAACCAAGUAGUUAGAUGUUUUUUUAGACUGCGAAAUGUUUUGCGUUUUUUCAAAGAUAUUUUUUUUUUAUAAUUUUAUCUAAAGGUAUUGUGUUAUUAACCUUAUAAAAAGUCAUGUUGCCAAACACACGCAUUGUCAGUGUUUUUUUCUUCAAAAAGCAACGGUUUACAUGUGUGUGUGGGGGAUUGUAUGUGUGUGAGGAUCUAAUUCAAACAAAUAAACAUAGUAAUUGAAAUUAGUACUGAUUUUAACAAAAUCGGCUUUUGUUUUUUUAGAGUGAUGAAUGCUUAUGGAUAGUGUUCCUAAUAGAUAUAAAUAAAAAAAACGAUUAAAAACGGGAAUAGUAUGAGUUUAAUAGCAUUAAGUUAACUGGAAAUUUCAGUAAGAGUAAAGGUGAAUUUAAUUAUAAUUAGUAUUUGAAGUGUGACAGUUGCCAUCGACACGACAAGAAGAAGAAGUAUUUGAUUGUAGAGGGAGCCUAAAAAAUUAACUACCUAUAACUA